UUUAGGAAUUUGGGAUUUGGUAUUCUUUUUACAGACAUGAUCUUUCAAGAAUCUCUCCCACAUUCCACCCCACCAAGAUUCACCUACAGGUCUCCACAGACAUGGCUGGCCCUUGUUGUAUUCACCUGCGUCUGGCUCCUCGUCGCCAAGAAAUGGUCGUAUUUUCCAAUUGGUCGAACAGCAGCUUCAUUGCUGGGAGCGAGCUUGGUCGUCUUGGGUGGAGUCCUGACGCCUCAGGAAGCUUUUCAGAGUGUCAGUGGUAAUACCAUAUUGUUGUUGGUGGGGCUAAUGGUUGUGUUGGCCAAGUUGGAGGAAAAGGGACUCAUGACGGUCUUCAAAAGACUGUUGCUGUGGGGUGGACCUUCACCGAUAUCACUACUCGUUCGCGUAUCUUUUCUUUCCGCCGGAUUGGGCGCAAUAGUGAUGAACGAUGGCGCUGCCAUAUUCCUCAGCAACGUUAUAACAACAAUCUGCGAACAGGGGGAUCUGCCGGUCGAGCCCUACGCGCUCGCACUGGCCACGUCUGCCAACUUUGGUUCGGCAGCCACAAUCAUUGGCAACCCGAAAAACAUGAUUGUCCACGACGCGAUGCCCAGCAUUGAUUUCUUGGCCUUCCUGGUCAAAAUGGGUCCUGUCUCUUUGACUGCGACCGGCAUUAACACUCUGUGCAUUGUUGGGUUUUAUUGGCGCCAGCUAAAAGAUAAACGCAUCAAGCGGUUAAAAGUCUUGACGAAUGACGAAAUGAAUGGGCUCACGUUGGAUGGAGAGGGCGAUGAAGAAGAUUGGGAUGACGCUGAAGGAAGUCCUACUUCCACCAUAUUCAGCGACGAUGCGACGAGUCGUGCUAGUUGGAGUGGUGAGGAGUUUAAUGAUGAGUCUGUGAGUGAGAGCGACUCUGAUCUCGAGGGUGCUAUCCGAGAACCACUCUUGAAAGGUGGUGACAAGGGAAAGCGCCCUCGGCACGUUUCUGUUAACGUUGACGUGCAUAAUGGAUGGAUCCCAGCAAAGAAUGUAGAGGCUGCAGUGGAUUCGUUCAGCCUUGUAGACGAAGGCGUACCAUCGCCCGUCCAUAUCUCAAAGGAUGAUCCCAUAGAUGCAGUCUCAGCUCUAACUUCCAACGGCCUGCAUCACCGGAAACCCUGGCUGGAAAAACCUUCUGAUCAUCCGUCAACCAGUGGCCCAGCGGUUCAACUACCUCUUCCGACUCUGCUUCCUCCACCUUCGUAUAUAUUCCGACACCGAACGCCCCUCAACCUCGCCCGUUUGGCCCAGGAGCUCCCCACCACCGUCCCCUAUCCAACUACCCCAGCAGGUCUCCUCCGCUACCACCUCCAUCUAACACUCCGCACCGUUCUCCAUUCGCCAUACCUGAUCAAAGUCAUGUACGCCUUGGUUAUAUUGGCCAUGUACGCCGCCUUCUUUUCCCACAGGUUUAAUCUGGGCUUUACGGCUGUAGCAAGUGCUAAGACGCUUUUGGCGCUGGACUCAAUACUAGUCAGGUUCAAAAAAGCUCCACCCGAAACACGGGACAUUGCCGUCCCUUCUCCUAGUUUCCGUCCACUGCAGACGUACGAUGACCCAACAGCGACGUUAUCAGAAUCGGUCAACUGGCCGCUCCUUUGCUAUUUAUUCGGCAUGUUCAUAAUCCUCGAAGCCGUACGAAAAACGCCUUUCCCAAACGAUGUGUGGAAUCUUUUUGAACCCGCGCUGUUGAACAGAAGUUACGCCGAAUCGGUAUUCAUAUUUUCUAUCGUGACGGUGUUCAUAUGUCUUAUUUUCACGUCCAUUCCGUCUGUUCUUCUGCUUGCCCCUCAUAUUCGCCAGUUGGCCGCCAAAGACCCGCGAUGGGGCACAGUGGGAUGGUUUUUGUUGAGUUGGAACGUGACUGCCUGUGGGAAUUUGACGCCUUUCGGGAGUGUGGCCGGGUUAAUUGUUAGCGAAGUAUGUAGGGGAAAAGUUGGGGAGAGGUGGGUGGGGGACGUGCGGGUUUGGAUGAGGUUUGCUGCGUGGGCGACAGUGAUUUGCUUGUUGGUUGGUGUCGGUGUUGUGGCGGGGUUCGCGUGA